GCUUGCCCCGAAUCUGGUUUACUGGAGACGGCGUUUGCAUUCCUCUCCAAGCGUUAACAGCUGCUUUGCAGAGAAGCCUCCCUUACCCAAGAACCCCCGGGGGGCUUGGGCGAGCGGAUUUCCGCCCUAACCCCCGCAGGCCGGUGAACCGCGGGGGCACGGGCCGCGCACACCGCAUACGCCCCCGGCCCCGCGGCGCCGCCCCAAUGCGGCAGUCCGAGGACGGGUAGAGGAGGGGUGCGUCCAAGAUCCCCUAGCCCCGCCCCACUCUACGCCCCGCAGCGCCACGCCCCCGUGAGCCACGUCCAUCGUCCCCUCCCCACUGAAGCCCCGCCCCGGGCCGCCCGCCGCACCUCCGCCGGGGCCCCAGCGCCCAGUGCCGGCGCCGCAGACCCCCGCGAGCACAGCCAGCUGACUGAACCAUGGCGACAACUCCUGCUGCUGCUUUUGAGGCCCUCAUGGAUGGGGUGACAAGCUGGAAUGUCCCCAGAGGCCCCAUCCCCAGUGAACUCCUUCUUACUGGAGAGGCUUCCUUCCCGGUGAUGGUGAAUGACAAGGACCAGGUCCUCAUUGCUGCCUCCUCCUACGGCCGAGGCCGCCUGGUGGUGGCAUCCCACGAGGGCUAUCUGCUGGAUGCCAACUUGGCCCCGUUUCUUCUCAAUGCAGUGCACUGGCUCUGUCCCUCGCCUGGGGCUCCUGUGGGAGUGCACCCAUCCCUGGCACCACUUGUGAACAUCCUGCAGGGCUCUGGGGUUGAGGCUCAAACUCAGCCAGAACCCGGAGAUUCCCUGGGGGUUUACUGUAUCAAUGCCUACAAUGACACCCUGACUGCAGAGCUGAUCCAGUUUGUGAAACGGGGAGGGGGCUUGCUCAUUGGGGGCCAGGCCUGGUAUUGGGCCAGUCAGCAUGGUUGUGACAACGUGCUGUCCAACUUCCCCGGGAACCAGGUGACCAGUGUGGCUGGAGUGCACUUCACCGACACCUAUGGGGACAGAGGCCAGUUCAAGGUCUCCAAGAAGGUCCCCAUGAUCCCUCUCCUUGUCAGGUGUGGACAGGAUCUCGGGCAGGAUCAGCAGCAGCUCCUGGAAGGGAUCUCUGAGCUGGACGUCAAGACGGGGGGAAUCCCCUCGCAGCUGCUGGUGCACGGGGCCCUGGCCUUCCCGCUGGGGUUCGAUGCCUCGCUUGGCUGCUUCCUGGCAGCUGCCCGCUAUGGCCGGGGCCGGGUCGUCUUGGCUGCCCAUGAGGGCAUGCUCUGUGCUCCCAAGAUGGGGCCCUUUUUGCUCAACGCUGUGCACUGGCUGGCCAGAGGCCAGACAGGCAAAGUCGGGGUAAACACAAGUCUAAAAAACCUGUGUGGCCUGCUGUCAGAGUGCGGCCUGGAGUGCAGCCUGGAGCCUCGUCUGACAGGUGACUUGCGUGUCUACUGCUGUGUGGCUUACAGUGACAAGGAGGCUAAGCAGCUGCAGGAGUUUGUGGCUGAGGGUGGGGGCUUGCUGAUCGGGGGCCAGGCCUGGUGGUGGGCCUCCCAGAACCCAGGCCGCUCCACCUUGUCUGGUUUCCCUGGCAAUGUCAUCCUCAACUGCUUCGGCCUCAGCAUCCUAGCUUCAACUCUUGACCCAGGCUGUUUCCCGGUCCCUACCCCCAAGAUGCGGAGCUACCACUUCCGCAAGGCGCUGUCUGAAUUCCAAGCUGUCCUGAGCCACAGGGAUAGGAACUUGGAAAAGAGCUGGCUGGCAAAGCUGGGUGUAGAUGGCGCAGCCUUCCUACAGAUUCCUGCAGAGGGGCUCCCUGCCUACCUAUCCUUGCACCAACUCCUGAGAAAGAUGCUGCGUCGGUCGGGCGUCCCAACCGUGAGCUGGGAAAAGCCAGUGGCCAGGGAUUCCUGCGAGGCUGCCGUGCUCUGCCUGGCCACAGAGCUGGCACGCUCUGGGACUGACUGCUCCCAGCUGGCUCAGGGGCUGGUGACUGGGACCUGCCGCUCCAGCCUGAACCCCUCGGAACAGCCCGUCACUGUGGAGAUCAGUGCAAGCAGUGCAGGCCAUGGCGAUUCCUGGGUGAGUACUGGACUCUACCUCCUAAACGGACGAAAUGCCGAAGUCUCACUGUCUGAAGCUGCGGUGUCUGCCGGCCUGAAGGUACAGAUUGGCUGCCACACCGAUGACUUAACCAAGGCCAGCAAGCUGUCUCGAGCUCCGGUGGUGACUCACCAGUGCUUAAUGGACAGGACCAAAAGGUCGGUCUCCUGCCUCUGGGGUGGCCUUCUCUAUGUCAUUGUGCCCAAUGGCAGUAAGCUGGGCCCUGUGUCUGUCACCGUCAAAAGGGCCGUGCCUGCCCCGUACUACAAGCUGGGUAAGACAUCAGUGGAGGAGUGGAGGAGCUGUGUGUGGGAGAGCCCAGCUCCCUGGGGAGAGCUGGCCACAGACAACGUCAUCCUGACGCUGCCAACUGCAGACCUGCAGGCCCUGGAGGAGCCCGAGCCGCUGCUCCGCCUCUGGGACGACAUGAUGCAGGCGAUCGCCAGGCUAGCAGCCCGGCCUUUCCCCUUCUGCCGUCCCGAGAGAAUCGUUGCUGACGUGCAGCUCUCAGCCGGCUGGAUGCACGCAGGCUACCCCAUCAUGUGCCACCUGCAGUCGGUGCCGGAGCUCCUUAGUGAGACAGGCAUAAGAAGCAGAGGUCUGUGGGGGCCCAUCCACGAGCUGGGCCACAACCAGCAGCAGCAUGGGUGGGAGUUCCCCCCCAACACCACGGAGGCCACUUGCAACCUCUGGUCCGUGUAUGUGCAUGAGACGGUCCUGGACAUCCCCAGGGCCCAGGCCCACCCAGCUCUGAGCUGUGCAGAACGAGAGAAGAGGAUCCAAGUGCACCUGGGCAAGGGAGCCCCCCUGCAUGACUGGAAUGUGUGGACAGCCCUGGAAACGUAUCUGCAGCUCCAGGAGGCCUUCGGGUGGGAGCCAUUCACCCAGCUCUUCGCUGAGUACCAGACCCUAUCUGGAGUCCCCAGUGACAAUGCUGGCAAGAUGAAUCUCUGGGUGAAGAAAUUCUCAGAAAAGGUGCAAAAAAAUCUGGUUCCUUUCUUUGAGGCCUGGGGCUGGCCUGUCAAGAAGGAAGUGGCUGUUAGCCUGGCCUGUCUGCCUCCAUGGCAGGAAAACCCCAUGCAGUUGUACCUUCAGACUAAAGUGUAAAAGACGUGCAGCAAGCAGGAGGUGGGGAGGAAUGAUGGCUCAGCCAGCCAUGCUACGGGGCCGAGGACCUUGGGCCUGAAUCCUGCUUCCUGCCCUGUCUUCAGGAAGGCAGCUAAGGUCAUAAGACAGAAUGGAACCAGCUUCUGUAGGAAAAUACUCCUGUGCUGCUUCUGCUGCCUGUCUGCUCAGGCUGCUGCUCUCACCAGGAGACGGGCCUCACCUGCCUCACCCGCCAGCAGAGGACUUUUCUUCUUGGCCUCUUGAGGUCCUGCAGGCCCUUGGCUUUUACUUUUGACCAAUAGUUCCAAAGACCAUGGGUUACCAGAGUGAUCUGAUAUCGUUCCCUCACCCCUGCUGGCCCUGAACAGGCUCUUGAUUUCUUAUGCUGUGAGAAGUUUUCUAAUAGCAAGAUAAACAGGCUGGUAUAGAGGAGAGAGCCCUGAACCAGUUUGGUUUUAUGAAAAAUCACUUACACUCUGUGCUUCUGUAUUCUUACCCAUAACAUGGGGAUAAAAUCUAGUGUUUGCUAAUGGUGACGUGUUUGUGCACCCCCCACAUGCAUACACAUGUGGGCAUUCUGUAGCUUUCACCAGGUCCCAUAGUAGCCUAUUGGCCCAGUUUAGUGUGGACAACUUGAAAACUGAAUCUCCCUUCAGAGCUGCCCACCUUGGAACUUGGCAUUGAGUCCUGUGCAAGAGUAUUUAAUGAUACCAGGGUUGUUCCCAGACACGGAGUCAGUGACAGCUGUUGAGAUCCCAGCCCAUCCUCUAUCCCUGCACUUGCCUGCAGAAGGAUUCUCGGGUACAACCUAACCCAAAGAACUAUGUAAACUCAAAAGAGGUGGUGUGAACUCAGACUGAAUGUCACAAAGCCACUGGGAUUUGGUCUUCUUGGUUAGUUCCAUCUUCUUGUACUUUUGUUUCAACCAAAGGGAAAAGUCACUUUAGCAACCCCUACAAAGUCCAUAAGCCUGUCUGUUCUUAGCAGAAAACAUGCAAAAACUGACUCUUCUGGUUGCCAUGGAAUCCAGACAUUGCCAGUUGCCAAUGGCAGCUGUGCUGGAGGUCCAUGCUCAUGACAUACUUCACUCUGGAGCAGGAUUACUGGGUGCAGCCGACCAAAUUAACCCACAGUCACCUCAUUAACGCACAACCCAGCCUCCCCUCAGCUUCCUCAUGAUCUCACUCCAACCCAUCCCAAACUCUUUAGGUAGGUGGAGUUCUGCUUGGAGACCUGCUUCCAGGAAGAAUGGGGUGUAUAGCUAGCCAUUUUUCUCUAGCUUGCUUUUAGACCAGACUUUUGUUGUUUUGCGUAUCAUUCCAUGGGCUUUAUUGUAAGUAGGGUGGCUCCUCAGGAGGACUGACCUAGGGAAUGUCUAUCUGAAUCCCAUCAGGACAUCAUCCUCCCAAUUCGGGGAUAGUUCCCUUUUAGUUCACUAGUGUCCUUUGCCAGGAGCUUUUCACAUGAAAGGUGCUCAAAAACUGUUUGUGCAUCGGAAGAAGAGUAGUGACACCUAACACAGAGUGAGCGGUCGGUAUGUCCCAGGCAGUGGGUGACCUAUUUUCUGUUAGUUUCUCAUGGAAUCUUCUCAACAGACCUCUGUUUGUGGGUACUGCUAGUAUCCCCAUUUCACAGAUGAGAAGACAGACACCUAGGGAUAUUAAAUAACUACUGAAACUACAGAUAACAAGGGGAAGAGUCAGGGCUGGACUGAAGCCCACAGUAAUGAUAAAGUUGAGCAGCUUACCAUCCGUGAAUGAUUUACAACUUAAAUAAAAAUUCACCUAUAAAA